AGGAGGGGACUCGGGGAGGAGGCUCCGCGCCCCGGCGAGGGAGGAGGGUGAGCGCGCAGUCCCAGCCCAGUGCUUCAAAACAGCCCGGUGGCCGCGCGUCGCGCCCCAGCCCGUCCGUCCGUCCAGCCGCCAGCGCCCGCGUCUCUCUCUCUCUGUCUCUCUGGGCUCUAAGCACGACUCCUCGCCCCGCCGCGCCCGGUGAAAAUGUUGGUGCUUCUGGCUUUCAUCAUCAUCUUCCACAUCACCUCUGCUGCGCUGCUCUUCGUCGCCACCAUCGACAAUGCCUGGUGGGUAGGAGAAGAGUUUUUUGCAGACGUCUGGAGAGUGUGUGUCAACAACACGAAUUGUACAGAAAUCGAUGCGAACUAUCAGGAUUACCCCACCAUGCAGGCGGUCCAGGCCACCAUGAUCCUGUCCACCAUUCUCUGCUGCAUCGCCUUCCUCAUCUUUGUGCUCCAACUCUUCCGCCUCAAGCAGGGAGAGAGGUUCGUGCUGACCUCCAUCAUCCAGCUCAUGUCAUGCCUUUGUGUCAUGAUUGCGGCUUCCAUAUACACAGACCGGCGUGAAGACCUGCACAGGAGCAACUUCGAAUUCUACCAGCAAGUUCAGGAAGGCAGCUACGGCUACUCGUUCAUCCUGGCGUGGGUGGCCUUUGCCUUCACCUUCAUCAGCGGCCUCAUGUACCUGAUCCUAAGGAAACGCAAAUAGAAGCCCGGGAGCGAGGUCGCUUUUGCUGCCGUACAAAAAUCUACGUUCAGAUAACCGUUUUGUAUAUAAUCAGUUUUUUGUGUGCGGUUUUUCUAGCAAACAUAUUGUUUCCUUUAAAAGCCAAAAAGAAAAAAAAAAGAGAGAGAGAGAGAGAGAGAAGAAUUUUGCAUUCUUGAGAUCAGAGAAUAGACGAUGAAGGCUGGCAUGCAGAAUUCCUGCCCAUCUGAAAGUCUCAACGAGACCAAGCCCCCAAUCCAGCGAUGCUCAAGUCCAAAAACAUUCAGCAGGAAGUUUCUUAACCCUGGGGAUGUGAUGUGAUGUGACAAGAGACCAAGAACUCCAGGUCUCAGGGGGACAUCCUUCCCUAGGUGUGAGCUGCGCUGAGCCCCUCCCCCGCCCCAGCUCAACCUCCCCUCCCCCUUCUGUCUGUGUUAGGGUUGGAGGUGGGGUGAGGGGUGAAGCCUGCUCAGAUCUUUAGCCAGUUCCAUGUGAGAAACAGGUGUCACCCCUGUGUUGUGUCUAUACCCAGACCAAAGCCUCCUGUGCUGGGCUGGGUCAAGAAAGUGCCACCCACCUUUUGUGACACUGUUACCGGCUUGCCUUAGGGGAGGCAAUCUUUAACUUGGGGUUGGAUUUAGGCUCACCUUCCUAAGGCAAAGAAUCUCAGCGUGAUCCCCAGCAAACAGUAGUAACGGGGGCCCUCCCUAGACCUAUGGAAUCAGAGGCUUCAGGGAUGGGACCGGGCACCUGCAUUUCUAACAAGCUCCUUGGGGACACGAAGCUCCUUGAAGCUGAGGACCACGGCCCUGGGGCCAGGCAAGCAGAGCCGCCUCAUAAAUGUUAAAGAUCUUGUUGUGUCCAGAUGGUGAAUGCCGGCCUCUGCUGGCCUCCAUCACCCCGGCCUUCCCCAUCUGUCCCGCAGCUGCUCACAGGUGGGCCUUCCCAACAGCAGCCCGGCCCCGCACCCCCACAGCCAGCAGACAGCCUAGGGGUGCUGCUGCCUCCCUCCUCCUCUCAGUAGGAAGGCCCCGCCCUCCUCCUCCUGCCCUGCCUUCUAAGGCUUGCUGGCCUCAGUGGACCCACCCACCGUUCCUUCAACAGCAUAAAUUGCAGAGGGCUUGGUGCCUGCCCAGCACCAGGGAUGCCAUGUGGGCAGGCUCUUCUGGGGCUCGCCGUCCCGUGGAGAGGGCAGCUGAAUACUUACGAAAAGUAAUCGCACAGUGAGGAGGAAGGCGGCAGAGAACACAACCAGGGGUUCAAAAGCGAAGCUCAUGGGUAGGGGGAAGACUGCUCUGUCCCUGCAUAUCCCAGAGGCACUCAGAUGGGCUGAAAUACCACUCCAGCCAGCCACACGGAGUACCUUCACUGGGCAGUGUGGUCUGGGUUACCUCCAGAGGACACGUCUCUGGAUCUGGAGGGGCCCGGUGUCCUGACUGCAAACAAAGCCAGUGAGAAGCUUCCAGAUGGCCGUGGCUUUCCACUUUGGUGCGCACACUGCCCCCACCCCCCCCCCCCCCCAGGGAACGUGCUUUGGCAGGGUCUGGGUGAAGGGUGCUCUGGGCAAUUCUAAGACCAUCUUAUGGUGUGCCAGGGUGGUGGCGGCGGGGCGGGGGGGGGGGUGGGUAGUUUGUUCUUAAGUGUGGGAGCAGUGUUUCCGUGUGCGGCCAGGCAGGUGACCCCAGGAAAGGCCCGUGGAGAAGCUCUCCGCACCUCGCUGUCUGUAGCCUCCCAGUUAUUGGGUGUGCUGCUGGGGCUGUGUGGGGGACCCACCCACCCCCUCUCAGUGCUGGUGCCAUAUACGUGCUUUUGCCCCUGACCUUCAUCAGCCCAGGUCCCGUGGAGCUGGGAAGAUGUCUGGUUUGAGUGAUUUAGGGCCACCACGGACACCAGAGCAGGACUGGGUUCUCUCUCCAUCCAGUCAUUCACUUGCUCGUUCAUUUUCAACAGACUAGUCAGUGCUUACUAUGUGCCAGGCGCUGGGUGAGGCUCUCAAAACACAGGGCAAGCGAAUUCAGACAGACUCAGACAGACUCUCUGAGACAGGACCCCAACACUGUGCAGGGUGAGCCUCAAGGAGGAAGGUGGGGCAACGUGCCCCAGGGCUUCUCACCUGGGUGGCUUUUCUAGAUUUUUCUUGUAGUCACAGUGGAAACAAACAAAAAAUCUUAGAGCCAGGGGUCUGGAAAGCCUACUCCGCCAGGCAGUGUGUGAAUACCAUUCCCCCGAACUUGAGCAUCUGUGACGACCCCAUGGAUUUUUCUAGCUGGUCGCCACAUCCAUCUGUGACACCAAGGUUUUGUGAAAUAUGAGAGCUGCUUUCCCCCGCGACCCCCCGACCCCGCCGGUGGCGUGACCUGCACCGGGAAAGCGGGGAGGACAAAACUGUCCGAACUUCUGACCUGUAGGCAGAACCAGCCCUUCCUCGGUGCUUGUUAUCAGUUACCCAACACAGCAAAUUAGCUGAGACACCCAAGAAGCAAAUAUUAGGACCAAACAUGUUACUCGUAACAACCGUAUUUGAAGGAACUGUAGUUUGCGCCUUUUAGAACAUUUUUAUAAGUACUGUAAUUCUCGCGUGGAGGGGCUACGGAUGGAGACAGACUAACUUGUUUUGUUAUUUGCAUUAAAAUUACUUUGGGUCUCUGUUCA